AUGAAGCUCGAAAGUGAAGUCUCGGGACUGCUAUGGUGGGACGAGGAAUUCACCGAGCCUCAAGUUUCCUUCCGUACCACCUUGUUCCCAGCAUUGUUAGGUGUUUGUGACACACAGUUGCUGUCUUCGGAGCUCUCGCAUGACGAAGUGCGUGUGGUGACUGAGUUUUGCAUCUCCCCCGAUGCCAACCAAACCGACAUCGUGACCAAAGAAGACUUCCGUCGAUUCCUUGCACGGUUUGGACCGCUCAAGUUCAGUUUGUCCAAGUUGGUAACGUGUUUCUGCGUGAACCGAGAGGUGGUGCCUUGGUUUCACGGAGAAAUAGGAAGAAAGGAGGCCGAAAGUGUCUUGACUACGAGAAAAUGUAGCGACGGCGCGUUUCUGGUGCGAUUUUCGGAGUCGCAUCCGACGAAGUUCACUCUCACGUACCUCAAAGUGCACUCGGUGGGAUCUCAAACACCUGGGCGACGCGAAGUAAAGAACUGUCUUUUGACGAAUUUGGGCGUGUCUGGAUAUGCAGUGACAGAAGCAAUGAGACGUCAUGCAGACACGAGUGUUCGACAGCGCACGUAUCCGUCAAUUAGGGCAUUUAUUCAGUCGAGCUCCGGCAGACUCAAAUACGGGGUCGCGUCGGAUUUCUCUGCGCAAUGUAAUCAGGAGCUAGCAGCAGUGCGAGCCCUGCAAGAUCAUCAGAGCGACUUUUAUGCGGCAUUCAGAAGUGAAUCGUUUGGAAAUCCAGUAUCUCGGAUAAACGCGGUAGCAAAGUCCUUUUCAGGGCCUGAGCCGUCGCAAUCAUCGUUUCAUAGCAUGCCGUUACAGAAUUCAAACGCUGGAAACACAAGCGAAGCAACUUCCAACAGCUAUGCAAGUUUCUCGCUAGACUCAGUCGCGCCGCCUAGUGUGCAUCGUGAAGAAAUCUUGGAACAAAGUGAUGCAGGACUCACCAUUCAGUACGAAGACAAGAAGCUCGCACGCAGACAGUGGAGCGAAGCAACUUCGGGUGACUACGGAAUUUUCACUUCAUUUGGACAGCCAGAGGAAGAAGCACACCCUGGCACCAACACCAAUGCCUUCUCCGGGGAUCAUGCUCAGCGCGAGCCUGCUGAUAGUAUUUCUGACGUGUACGCCUCCUUCGCGAGUGUGGCGUCAAUAUAUUCCCAAGACUCUGAACAAGCGGCAAUACGUGCUCAACAAGCCAUUUCUUUCUCAAAGCCUCCUAUGUCUACGACAUCGAUCACCCAGCCUAGUUUUAUAAACAACGGAGCGUACGGAUCAUUUGCGAGCAUUGCUGUGGCCAAGCCAACAACUUCCACUUCAGUCAAUGUUCCGAUGAGCGGGAAUCCAAACAUGGCAAGCCGCGAUUUGUCAGACACUGGUGACUACGGCAGCUGCCCAGCAAAUGCGCUCGAAGACAAGCACCCUCAGUGGGAACAAACACUAAGGCCCCCUUCCCUGUCUGUGGUCGUCAAAUCUGACUUUGACAUCCAGAAUGUUUCUCCAGACGCUGACAUUUACGAGAACUUGGCUUCGCUAUCACUUGCUCAAAACAACGCGCCACUGCAAGCAAAAACAUAUAUGCCGAAGCCCCGGUAUUCUCCAGCUCGCGCUACCCCGUUACCACCGUCAAACGCGGACGUGUGCGGAUCGUUGGACGUGGCAACAGCAAACUUAUACAUCAAGACGACUCCAACCACUUCGGCGUUGGAUGAGCUCAAUGUGGGUAUGAAAUUUUACAAGCAAAAGCGGUUGGAUGACGCACGUCUCCGAUUCAUGUUGGCACAAGAAAUGGCACGUGCAUCAGGAGACCAUGUCGUGGAAGCGCGUGCACUCGGCAAUUUGGGUACGGUGCAUUUGGACAAGAAAAAUCUGCACCAGGCUGUACGUUGUUACCAACAAUGUUUGGAUAUCACACGCGCAAUCGAAGAUACGAAGCGUGAACGCACUAUUCUCAAUAAUCUUGUUCUUGCACUAGUAGCUAGUGAGGACUUCGAACGUGCGCUUGCAUAUUGCCAAGUCCAGCUUGAGACAACCACAAAUGCCAUCAACCAGCGUAAAAUUAUCUCUCGCAUGAGUCUGCUUCGCGAGAAAAUGACUCGACAAGCCAAAGUGUAA